AUGGACUUUUGCUUUCUAACCAUUCUAGUUCUUGUUUCUUUGGUUUAUCCAAUAAACUCUUUAGAAACAAGCAAGCAUCAAUUGGUCAAUCAAACAUUUCAACAAGAGAAAGAAUUUUACAAGAUGAAGAAAAUGAUUGCAACCCAUUUGCAACAAAUCAAUAAACCUGCUGUUAAAACAAUUCAGAGUCCCGAUGGUGAUAUCAUAGAUUGUGUUUUGACUCAUAAACAACUUGCUUUUGAUCAUCCUUUAUUGAAAGGACAAAAACCAUUGGAUCCUCCAAAAAGAUCAAGAGGGCAUAACCAAACGGAUAAUUUGGCUAACAACUUUCAAUUGUGGAGCUUAUCCGGAGAAUCUUGUCCUGAUGGAACAAUUCCAGUUAGACGAGUAACGGAACAAGAUUUAUUAAGAGUUAGCUCUAUUGAUGAAUUUGGAAAAAAAAUAGUCAAUGAAUAUAAACACCAACAUGCAGUUGCAGUAGUGGAUGGGGGAGAAUUCUAUGGAGCAAAGGCCACCAUAAACUUGUGGAACCCCCAUAUAGAAAGUCCAAAUGAAUUUAGUUUGGCUCAAAUAUGGAUUGUCUCUGGUACAUAUGGAAAAGAUAUCAACACCAUUGAAGCUGGAUGGCAGAUCUACCCGAAGGUCUACGGUGACUACCGCACUAGGUUUUUUAUUUACUGGACAGCUGAUGCAUAUAAACAUACUGGGUGCUACAAUGUAAAAUGUCCAGGCUUUGUUCAAAUUAACAAAAAUUUUGUAAUUGGAGGUACACUUUCUCCAAAUUCUAGAUAUAAUGGAAAGCAAGUCAAUAUUAAAUUAUCAAUAGUGAAGUGUCAACAAACUGGAAAUUGGUGGCUUGAACUUGGAAAAGGAAAUUAUCUUGGAUAUUGGCCAUCUUCUAUAUUCACACACUUGAAGGAUUCUGCAACUGAGAUUCAUUGGGGCGGAGAAAUAGCGAAUUCGAAGUACCCUAAGGCUACUUCCACUCAAAUGGGUAGUGGACACUUUCCUAAUGAAGGUUUUAAAAAAGCUGCAUAUUUUAGAAAUCUUAAAGUUGUAGAUGUUGAUGAAAACGAGGCUCCAAUGCCACAAAUCACGUAUUUACUAGAGAAUACAGAUUGUUAUACUAUAAUGUCAAAAAAUAGUCCUAAGUGGGGAGAUUACUUUUAUUAUGGUGGACCCGGCAGGAAUGGGAAGUGUCGUUUGAUGGACAACUCUGAUAAAUUUUCAGAUGUUAAUUUUGAUGAGAAUGGAGAUAUAGAACAUUCUGCUUCUGAAGAAGAAAGUGAAAGUAUAGAGUCUAUAGACCACAAUGUAUCUCAUGAUAGCAUUGAGAAAUUUUGA